UUGUGUGCGUCGGCACAUAGCCUUGUGGCACUUUUUGAAUGAUAAUUCGAAAAAGAGACCCCUCUCGCGCUUCACUUUCUUCCAAACCCUUUCUUCUUCCUCUUCUCUGCAGCAACACCACCACUCAACCCAAACCACCACUACAGCCACCACCUGCGUCCGACCGCCACGCCACCACCGGCGACCACCGUCGCGCCCUCUCUCUAUCUCCCUUCUUCUCUUUUUUCUCCAUUUUCCCAUCUCCUUCCCCUCUGUACGCGACAGCAACCCCAGUCUCCGCACCAGCCGGCCCUAAUCUGCGUUCUUCAGCGCCGGCGAGCAACCACCCGCAGCGGCAGAUUUCUGUGUCGCUGCGACUCCGCCUCGCUCCUCUUCCUUCCUCCUCCCUUCUUCUACAUCGCAGGAUGCGUCGCAAGGGUAAGGAGAAAGCCAACCCCUUGGCUCCUUUCCCUGCACGUCCGAGCACUCAGCCGGAUACUUUCAUCAAUGAAACGGCCCAAGAACAAUACAGAAAAUUAGAAAAGAAAGCCUUCCACUAUGAAAGGAAGCUCAAUGUACCGAAUAAAUAUGCGGAACUCAUUCAUAACCGACUUGAUUUCUACUAGUGGAAGUUCGUAGAAUUUGACCCGGUGGAAAUUAAUGAACACCAGGUCAAAGAAUUCUAUGGAAAUCUGCUGAAGAGGGAGGCCACCACUGUUUUUCUGAGAGGUGUCACCCUAGACACCUCUGAUCAUGCUUUAGAGGCCCUCUUACAGAUUCUGCAUAUUUCUUUGGCCAAUGAUGCUUACCCUAAAAUAGUGAUGGACUUGACAUCGGGCAAGCUUUUAUUGGACGUGGUUCUGAAGAAGAUUGGCCUACCUGAGGCCCGCUGGGAAUACAACAGAGGAGAGAACGCAAUCCUGCAAAGCAUAGCGUGCUCUGACUUACAUCCUGAGGCAAGGAUCUGGCAGUAGAUCAUUGUCGAUUACAUCCUACCGAGCAUGCAUGCCACUCAUAUUCGCGUCCAUGUGGCCGUUCUUCUUUGGGCUAUUCUGGAGGGGAAGAGGAUUUCUGUUCUUCCCCUUAUCAGAGAUUCGAUGUGGAAGAUGACCCAGAUGCAGAAGUAUAACAUUCCCUUCCCUUCGAUGAUCAGCAGAUUGGCUACUUUAUCUGGGAUGGAGAGACGCCCGAUAGACCGGACGUCUGUCUUCCUGAGCAACCAGCCAUACCUGCCAUACGGGGAGUAUGAUGGACCGCCACCACAGAAGAAGAGGAAGACCACUGAGCCACCAUCAUCAGCAGAGUCUUCAGCACCUCCUGCACCUUCCGAACCCACACCCCUACUUCAGACACCUUAUGAGCUGGGUCGGGAGAUUCUUCAGGCCAUCCACCGCUUCGAGCGCCGCAACGCUCGCCGCUUUCAGUGGAUUGUGGCAAAGUUUGAGGGUAGAGACCCUGGGCUACCUCCUCCGGAUACACCAGAGCCCGAGCCUGAGACUGAGCCUGCAGCUGCGAAGCCGGCAGUCGAGCCAGCAGCUGAAGCUGGCCAGGCAGUUGAGCCCACUGAGCAGAGAGCCGAGGAUAGGGCUGAGGAGGCAAUAAUUCAGAGAGUUGAGGAGCCGAUAGCUGGAGUUGAGCCGAUAGUAGAGGUAGCAGCAGAGCCAACUAACCAUGCCGCUCAGGAGCUGGCAGCUGAGACCACCACAGAGCCGACCCGUGCUAUCAUUGUUUAUCAGCGUCAUCAGCACCUACCACCAUCAGCUGGUGGAGAUUCUCUGAGUUAACCACCCCCGGUCCAAUUUUUUGGCACGGAGGACCAUGCAUCAUUUAAGUGUGGGGGAGGAUCUACGAUUUUUUGGGUGUAAAUAUUCUCUCCUCAACACUUGUUAUUUAGUUUAUUUUGAAUUUUAUUAUGCUUUUGGUGAAUAUUUCUGGUACUUUGACUUAUGCACUACAUUUUAGUACUUUUUGUAUAUAUAUUAGUCGUUUCUAGUUAUCUUUAGUAUUGCACUUCUAUUUUGGUAUAUAUAGAGAUAUUGCACUCUAUUUUGUUUGGUAUAUAGUAUAGAUAUUGGUUGCGAUUGGAUGAUGUAUGUGAAUAGCAUAUGCUUAGUUCAUUUUGAUCCUAAUUGUUCAUGUUAAUUUUUUUGUUGUUGAAAAUUAGGAGAAGAACUAGGAAAUGUUGAAAAAAAUUUGCAUCCAUCACAACAUGCAUACAUAUAGGAAAUAAUUUUGGUGAAAAACAAUAAAGAUUUUUCCAAGAACUUUUGUUAUAGGGCAUUCUAUUGAAUUGAUUUGGAAAAUUGUUUUUUAAACCUGCUUGAAUGAUUUUUUUUAUGGAAGAUAGAAAAGGAAAGAACAAAUACCUUGUGAGCUUUGAGCUAUAUUGAGUGGUUACACAUUUUAACCACUAAAUUUGUUCAUUGUGUGUUAUACCUCUUCUAUGAUUGUGAUCUUGGUUUUGCUUGAUUCUUUAUUUCCAAUAAUUGAUGUUUUAAAUGCAUUAAGCAUGAUUGAUGCCAUCUUUGAUAAAAGCUUACUUUACCCAUAUGGCCUACCCUUUUACAUUUACCAUUGUUAACCCCUUUGAGCUUUAUUUACCCCAUUGUUCUUGAUAUUAGCACAUUACAACCUUAAGCAGAAAAUCAUGAUUUACCUUGAUUUGUAUCCUUGAUUAGCUUAGGUUAAGAAGUGUGUUAUAUUUAAGUGUGGAAAAAUUUUGGAAAACAUUGGUAGUGAAUGAAAAUGUUUAAUUAGGGUGCUUCCUUGAAAAUUUUGAAAAAUGGGAACACUCAUGUAUGAACUAUAUAACCAUAUGCAUUUACUUUUACUUUCAAAAAAAAAAUCAUCAACAAAGGGGACAAAAGUUGCCCCAAAAAAAAAAGAGAAUGAAUAAGGAAUGCAUAUGUGGUGUGAAUGAAAAAGCAUACAUAAGUGUUUGUGGAAAAGUAUGAUGGAAGGUUAGGAUUGCAUAUUUUUGUUAUUGGAUUGAUAAAGGUUGAGUUGGAUACUUAAACUAAUCAAGGAUUCAAAUCAAUUUAGUCCACUUAGCCAUAUCUAUCUUACCUUAGCCCUAACCUCAUUACAACUCAUGAUAAUUGCAUUCGGGCAUUACUUGUUUGUUAAUUGUUAGAUGAAGAGCGAAACCUUAAGAGCAUGAUUAGGAGGAGACUUGAGUGAUUAAACCCUUAGACACCGAGUGAUUAGAGUAUAUACACACCUAGUGAGGGUUCAAUUACUCAACUCUAUGUUCCCAUCUCUUUUGUCAUGAAUUCUUGCAAGUUGCUUCAUUUUGAUGAGUUGAAUCAAUUCUCUAGAUUUUGGUUGCAUUGGAUUAUUUCUUUGCUUAGCCCUAUU